UGAUUCAUAAGUUAGACCCGGAUGUUUUCGGCGCAUGCGCUUUGAUCGUUUUAGUUACUCAAUAACAUAGGAUAUUGUUAGUGGUUCGUCUCAAGGGACAUUAGAAAUGAGUAUCUUCUUUAACUCCCGAUUGCCUCAGACAAUUCCAAGUCUAAAAAUUGGCGAGCAAAUAAAGUUCAUUGCUGAUGUAAAUGAAGGAAAAGCAUAUAAUGAAAAAACCGGAAUAUUCACUACUAAAGAAGACGGAUAUUACAAAUUUGCAUUCACCAUCGGGUGUUCGGGAACCAAAGAAAAUGUCGCUGCCAAUCUGGUGGUGACGAAGAAGACGAAAACACAUGAUACUAUCGUAGCUAGUGCAGCAACAGACAUAAGUAGACCAUCAGAUCCUCUCAUAUGCUCUCAAGCGAGUAACAGCUCUAUUGUCUGGAUGGCAUCCGGUGACAAAGCAAAAGUAGUAAUAAGCCAAAAAGAGGCACAGAAAAUAGCUGGCGACGGAGUUUCUACAUUUUCUGGUUAUAAACUGUAAAGCUGAGGACAUUUGCUGUCUCGAAGAUAAUUGUGACAUUCUUAUUCUAUAAAGCUAUAACUUUUUCUUCAUAAAUAAUUUGUCUAAUGUAAUUUUAUUU